AUGCCAUAUUACCGUCUUAAAGAUCUCAUAAAGGCCAUACGUGCCUGUAAGACUGCUGCUGAUGAAAGAGCUGUCAUCCAGAAGGAAUCGGCAGCCAUUCGUACUAGUUUUAAGGAAGAAAAUAAUGACGCUCGUCAUUCGAAUGUGGCUAAAUUGCUUUAUAUACACAUGCUGGGUUAUCCAGCCCACUUUGGCCAAAUCGAAUGCUUAAAAUUAGUAGCAUCAAAUCGAUUUGCGGAUAAAAGACUGGGUUAUUUAGGAAUUAUGCUUUUAUUGGAUGAAAACCAAGAAGUGCUAACGUUGGUCACGAAUUCCUUGAAAAACGAUAUGAACCAUUCCAAUAUGUAUAUUGUUGGUUUAGCAUUAUGCACUUUAGGGAAUAUAUCGUCUCCUGAAAUGGCGCGUGAUUUAUGUGCAGAAGUUGAAAAACUAUUAGGCAGUUCCAAUGCAUAUAUCCGGAAGAAGGCUGCGUUGUGCGCGAUGCGGAUCAUUCGUAAAGUUUCUGAUCUACAGGAAAAUUUUUUGAGUAGAGCAAAAAGUAAUUUGAGUGACAGAAAUCAUGGCGUAUUAUUAACAGCAAUUACUCUUAUCAUUGAGAUGUGCUAUCAAAAUCCAGAAACUUUACAAACUUUUCGCAAGGCAGUUCCAUUAUUGGUUAGACAUUUAAAAUCACUGGUUUCAGCUGGAUUUUCACAAGAGCACGAUGUAACUGGCGUCACAGACCCAUUUUUGCAAGUUAAAAUCUUGAGGCUCUUGCGAAUUCUAGGUAAAGGAGAUGCUGAAGCAAGUGAAGCAAUGAACGAUAUUCUUGCUCAGGUUGCCACGAAUACUGAAUCGUCAAAAAAUGUUGGAAAUUCAAUACUAUAUGAAACUGUACAAACUAUCAUGGAAAUUCAGUCUGAAAAUACAAACGCAGUUCAACGUCAUAGAAACAUCAUCCUUGACUGUUUGCGAGAUGGCGAUAUUUCCAUACGACGUCGCGCAUUGGAGCUUUCAUUUGCAUUAAUUAAUGAGUCAAAUGUUAGAGUGUUAACACGUGAGUUAUUGGCCUUCUUGGAAGUGGCCGAUAAUGAGUUCAAACAGGGAAUGACGACAAAAAUUUGCUUGGCUGCUGACAGGUUCGCUCCCAAUAAACGAUGGCAUAUUGAUACAGUAUUACGUGUUUUGAAACUGGCUGGAAAUUACGUUCGUGAGGAAAUUUUAUCAAAUUUUAUUCGCCUAAUUGCACAGACGACCGAAUUAAAUGCAUACACAGCCCAAAAAUUAUAUUCAGCGUUGAAAUCUGACAUUUCACAAGAAUCACUAACUUUAGCUGGUGUAUGGGUAAUUGGAGAAUACGGUGAUAUAUUGAUAAAAGGCGGCAACUUUGAAGAAGAAGAACUUGUUAAAGAGGUUACUGAAUCGGAUGUUAUUGAUCUCCUGGAAUUAAUUCUCGCUGGACCUUACGCUAACCAAGUAACCCGGGAAUAUGUUCUUACCGCACUUAUGAAACUGACUUCGCGAUUAACGUCAACAUCGUCCAUUCAACGUAUUCAAGCUUAUAUUGAAAGAUAUAAUACCAGUAUUGAAGUAGAAAUUCAACAACGUGCUGUUGAAUAUGGCAACUUAUUUAAAGUUGAAACGAUCCGGCCGGCAGUUUUGGAGCGAAUGCCGAUUCCUGAAGUCAAGGAAGAAGUUAUUCGACCAACCGGUGAUACAGGUUCACUCUUAGAUGACAUUGGUGCUAAGAAUUCAAACGGUGGCGUAGAAACACUUGUAGAUUUUGGCGGAAAUGAUUCAACCCAAUCUAAAAAGCAUGCACCUGAAAGCAAUAAAACUACCGUAGACAUUCUGGCUGACAUAUUCGGUAGUGGAUCUGCAGAAACAACUACCCCUACAGCUGUCGUACCACAAGAUGCAAAAAAUGAUAUUAUGAAUCUAUUCACCUCUGAAUCGACAACCACUCCAGUCACACCUGUACAAAAUUCACAACAAACAAAUCCUUUAGAUAGCUUGGGUUUAUUAGGACUUGGAGAAACCGAAGUUUCAUCUCAACCUUCUGCUACAAAUACGGAUCAAUACGUAGCGUAUAAUAAAAACGGAUUUAAAAUUAGUUUAAAUCCUUCUAAAGACCCAAGCAACCCUAAUAUCCUCAACAUUGAAGUUACUUUUCACAAUAUCGGUGUAGGUGCAACAGUACAAAACCUUUUAUUCCAGGCGGCCGUUCCAAAGAAUCAGAAACUACAAAUGCAACCACCUUCAUCGACAACCAUUUUACCUGGUGCUACAACACAACAAAUAAUUCGUGUUGCCAAUCCUCAAAAGUCGAACGUUAGGUUACGGCUUAGGAUCGUAUAUUCUACUCCUGCAGGUGCUAAAGUUGAUGAGAUUUCCGAAUUUAGUGGAUUUCCACAAGAAUUUUGGUGA